AAAUCGGCCUACUGGCAAUCUCCCUACUCCUCUCUGGUAGAUCAGUCGAAUUAUCGAGAAGACAGAAUGGCUGAGAGGGUGUAGGUGUAAAGUAGAAGGAGUGUAAGGGAGGGUAAAUCCGUUAAGAAGUCAGUAAUGAAAUGUCAGUUAAAUUAAUCAAUGAUCGUUAGGGUGAUUAGUGAUAAUCUUGUUGCGCGUAGCGGCUACCUUUUUCUACGGAAAGGUUUGCCUUAGUGUUAACGUGUAACGUGCGAUUCUGUAUUAGGUGAAAGUAAAGGAGUUACUGUGCUAACCAGGAUCGCGUUGGUGUUGUAUUUUCAUAAAUAAUUCCUGACGUCCAUCGUACUCCGAUUCAGAAGUGACGUCGAAGUCGUCGCCGACGACGUAAUCAUAUAAGCUAGCUGAAAAUGCGGUGAUAGCUAUGCGUCUGAAGGGGAAAAAUAGCGCAAAGUCCUUUCACAGUGUCUAUAAAGUGCUUUCACGUAUAUGCCGUGCAGUGGAUAAAGGACAACUCGAUGGUUUCAUGGCUGAUGGUACUGUGCCCCCGGCAAAGAGCGAUAACAAUUCUAAGAGCGGAAUGGGCUUUGCAACUCAGCCUGUACGCCAAAACACAGAGUCUAGUAUGGUUUAUGCAGUGGGGCAAUAUGCGCCAAAGGUUCUUAAAAACCUGAAUGCACAGAGACUGAAAAAUCAGUUUAGCGAUGUAGGAUUAGUGGCAGGUGGCAGCAUUAUUCGAGCGCACAGAUCUGUUCUUGCUGCUGGUAGUGCUUACUUCAAUGCAAUGUUCACUGGGGGAUUGGUCGAGGAACAGCAGGAGUCUGUGGAAAUUCGUUCAGUUUCAGCGGAUAUUUUAUCAAGACUAGUUGAUUUUAUUUAUACUGGUAAUGUGGAUAUCACUCAAGACAAUGUUCAGGAACUUUUUGCUGCCGCAGAUAUGCUCGAGUUGGAUGAAGUUGUUGCAGGAUGUAUUGAUUACUUGCAACAGCAAUUGCACUACUCUAAUGCCCUUGGAAUUUAUAGAUUUGCAGAAGCGCACAAUAGAGUGGAUCUUUCAGAGACUGCCCUGCGCUUCAUAGAAGUCAAUUUCCCUCUAGUAUCACGGGAAGAGGAAUUUUUGGAUUUACCAAAAGAACUUCUUGUUCGUCUUGUUGCUAGUGAAUAUAUACACGUCGACACCGAAUUUCAGGUCUUCCAAGCAGCUUACGACUGGAUAGUUCAUGAUAUUCCAUCGAGGCGAUGCUACGUAUUCGAAGUGUUGGGUCACGUGCGACUUCGUUUCUGUUCAGUAUCUCGACUAGAGCGAGUAAUCCUUGACUGUAAGGAUGCCAGUCUAAUAGUAGCCCUAAGAUCCAUUCAAAAGGAUCUCGUAUCGAACAAGGGAUGCCUGGUGCCAUUGCACUCACAGCCACGAUUGUGCGCGAAGAAAAACAUCCUAGUCAUCGGAGGUUCAAAACGCGAACACUCUGCAGACAGUUGGGCCAGAGCUGCGGAGAGUACUUACGAAUCCAUCGAGAAGUACGAUACCUUCACUGGCGAAUGGAGCGAAGUUGCUCCCAUAGGAAUUGGCCGAGUACUCCCUGGCGUAGCUUUAUUGGACGGUAAAGUCUACGUCGUAGGUGGUGAAUUGGAAUCCUGUAUAAUAGCAAAUGGGGAGUGUUAUGACCCACGUGAAAACGUAUGGACUCCUAUAGCCUGUAUGGUAGAGCCACGUUGUGAAUUUGGCCUAUGCGCACUGGACGACAGUUUAUACGCAUUUGGUGGUUGGGUCGGCGAAGACAUUGGUGGAUCCAUUGAAACGUAUGACCCAAUCACAAACUCUUGGACAUUAGAUGGCGAGUUACCUGAACCGCGAUUCAGCAUGGGCGUCGUUGCUUAUGAAGGUUUAAUUUACGUGGUGGGUGGCUGCACGCAUAACAGUAGACACAGACAGGAUGUGAUGAGCUACAAUCCUGUAACCAGAGAAUGGAGUUACUUAGCACCAAUGCUGACGCCACGUUCGCAAAUGGGAAUAACGAUUUUGGAUGGAUAUAUUUACGUAGUUGGCGGUAUGAAUAAAAAUCAGGAGGUCUUGACCUCCGUGGAGAGGUAUUCCUUUGAUAAGAACAAAUGGAGUAAAGUCGCUCCAAUGAAAAUGGGACGUUCUUAUCCAGCAGUAGCUGCUGCCGACGGUCGCCUCUACGUAAUAGGCGGCGAUCAAUCUCAGGAAAUCAAUUUUUAUCGUACGCAGAUAACAAUAUCUACGGUCGAGUGUUAUGAUCCAACGUUAAAUAAGUGGCACGAGUGCGCCUCACUGCCUACGAGCAGAGGAGAAGCCGCUGCUAUUAUAACACCAUUCUGAUUUCGCGAGAGGUUCUGAUCUUUCUUAUGGACCCCUCAUCAUUCGUCGGCACAGAGAACUAUCUAUUUAUUUUGUAAGCUUUGUAUACCGGAUGUGGUACGUGACCACAUCCGAUAACAUAACGACCGUACGCCGAUAUAAACACUGCAUUAGACGGCUUAACGAUUAGGAUAAUAAUUUAUCAAGUGAGAACGAUUAUCGAUAUAAUUGAUGGAUCUCAAGCGAUUAAUGCACUGUCCAUUUUGGUCUUUUUUUUUCACUUUAAUUUCCAUUUUCGCGUACGGGCUGACCAAACGUCGAAACAAAGGAAUUGCAUUGUGCGCAGGCGUAUUGUAAGUGAAAAAUGUUUUUUCCGUUUUCGUACGCUUAUCGGCAGACAAACAACUGAGUGUAUUUCAUAGAGGUUAUAUAUCCUCAUGGCAUUUUUAUACAGAAAAACAAAUUUUCCCGAAAGUCCCAGAAUCGAUCGAUACUGUGCGACUGCUUUGCAAUCAGUUUAGCAAUUAAGAAUGAAAGAAGUCGAGCAUAAUAAUCCAAUACUCGAAUACUUAAAGAUUGUAUCAUAAUGUUAUUACAAUUUAUGUUAUAUUAUUAUUAACACAAUUAACAAAUUGCUAUUAAUAUUAUUAAUUAUUCUUAUUACUACUCCCGACUAAUGCUACGUACUCUAAGUCACAAAUCCUGGACGUUAUACACGAUAUACACUGUCGUACGUCGAUGAAAAAUAAAUUUUCUGAAACUUCCGCGAAA